GACUGCUCCAGCAGGUUUGUCCGCAAAUCACCUGUGCGCUAUGAGCUGGAACUCACAGCUCUCCGUGACGACAAAAUGGACAACUGGCCCAAAACAGCUAAGAUCUCUUACAAGCGCUGGAGAAACUCUGAACAGUGGGGUGAUGCAGAUUUUGUGGGUCAAACUGAUGAGGACCAGGGCACAGACGCUGAGAUUUGCACCAUAGCUUCAAAUUUUGACGCAGAGGCUACGCAGUCUUCAUCCGCCUCUGGGUCUAAUAAACCCGAAGAAACCUUUACAGUGGAUGAUGCAUUGGAGGCAAUCGGAUUUGGAAAGUUUCAGUGGAAAAUCUCUUUCCUCACUGGACUGUCAUGGGUAGCAGAUGCCAUGGAGAUGAUGAUCCUCAGCAUCUUGGGGCCCCAGCUGCACUGUGAGUGGAGGCUCCCCAGCUAUAAAGUGGCACUCAUAACAUCGGUGGUUUUUAUCGGGAUGGGGAUCAGUUCACCGAUUUGGGGAAAUGUCGCCGACAAGUACGGCAGAAAAGUAGGUCUGAAAGUUUGUAUGUGCUGGACUUUGUACUACGGCCUGCUGAGUGCCUUUGCUCCAGCGUAUGGCUGGCUCUUGUUCCUGCGCGGCCUUGUGGGCUUUGGUAUUGGAGGAGCUCCUCAGUCGGUCACGCUGUACUCAGAAUUCCUUCCCAUGAAGGCGAGAGGCAUCUGCAUUAUGCUGAUUGCGGCAUUCUGGGCAAUUGGUGCUGUGUUUGAGGUCCUCCUGGCCUUGAUGGUAAUGCCUGAUCUGGGUUGGAGGUGGCUGCUCGGCUUAUCCACAGUACCAUUGGCAAUCUUUGUUUGCUUCUGCUUUUGGUUGCCGGAGAGUCCUCGUUUUGAUGUGCUGUCGGGAAGACGAGAAAAAGCCAUGGCAACCUUAACGCGCAUUGCUAAAGAGAAUGGGAAGACCCUGCCUCAAGGCAGGCUGAUCGCUUAUAAUCAGAAUAAACGUGGACGGUUCAAAGAUCUCUUUGCUCCUCAGUACUGGAAGACCACGCUGCUCCUGUGGUUUAUAUGGUUUUCCAAUGCCUUCUCCUAUUACGGGAUUAUCCUGCUGACAACUGAGCUGUUCCAAGCUGGAGAUUUGUGCGCGAUGACCCAAGGAGCCAAGAUUGAGCCAGACUGCAGUCUUGAAUGUAGAUAUUUAACGUCAGCCGACUACAAAGACCUUUUAUGGACGACCUUGGCUGAGUUCCCAGGUUUUUUAGUCGUCCUUCUACUAGUGGACUAUAUCGGCAGGAAGAAAAGCAUGGCACUGUGUUUCCUCAUGUUUUCCUUGUGUAUUCUACCAUUAUACGCUUGCAUUGGGAGGAUAGCCCUUACCAUCUUCAUCUUCAUUGCCAGAGCCUUCAUCUCUGGUGGAUACCAAGUUGUUUUUGUUUACACACCAGAAGUGUUCCCUACAGAAAACAGAGCUUUAGCAAUGGGAACGUCAAGUGCCAUGGCCAGGUUGGGUGCCCUGAUUACACCCUUUGUGGCACAGGUGUUGCUCAGGACGUCUGUGUAUUUGACUCUGUCGGUGUAUUGCAGCUGCUCUCUGCUGGCUGGCGUUGCAUCUUGGCUCCUGCCCAUCGAGACAUUGGGAAGGAAUCUGCAGGAGUCCAGUCUCGACCAGGAGACUGCAGGGCAGACGACCUCCACCACCAGAGAGUCAGAUAAUACAACGGGCUCAGCGGACCAGUGACGGAUGAGGCAGGAAUAUAAUAAAAAAGAAAGUGUAAAACCUGUUCUCCCACCUUCCGGUCUCCUGCAGUUACGUUGGUUGUGAGUUUAUGGGUAGACUCAUCUGCGCAACGAUGGGUGAAGAACAGCAGGGGGGACUCUCGUUACAGACGGGGAGUGACAAUUGAGGCUUGGCCUAAUGAGAGCGGAAGAACACUUGUUGGACUGGUUUGUUUACUCAGUCUUCCACUCAGGCCAUAAGAGGCAACAGAGGGACAUUCUGGAAAUAUUAAUGGCUUGUCCCCAUGCUGCCGAUACAGGAGGUCUAUGGCUUUACUCAGUGUGGGUUCAUAUUUGCUCUUUGUAUUUAUUUGUGUGUAAAGUAGAAUGUAAAAGGAUGCUUUCUUCCUCACAAGUUCUAGUUGCUCACAGGUGUGAUCUUUAUAAAAGAUUAAUUAUUUAAAGGAGGCACAUUGAGCAAAUUUAAAAACGUGUAUGUCAGCAGUCUUAGAUAUAGGAUUGUCUUUAAAAAAUAAUAAUUAAAUCGGCAGUGAAAAUAAUCGUGUUGCAACUCUAAUUAGUUAACAAUUA